AUGUUUUCUAUCGUGUACCUGGCAUGUUCUCUGGCCGCUGUGACAGCCUUUCAGGCAUAUCAGGCAUACAUCCCUAAUGGCGACCAGGUGCCGAAUGUCUGUGCAAUUGGUACCUGGCCAGGUGUUGGUCACAUCGCCAGUUUAGGGGCUGGAGUCUUGAACGACUUUGGGCGGGACUUCGCGGACGCUGGUCACGUCUGGACUGAGGAGCUGUGUCACAGAGAUUCUGACCUGGACGGCAAAACCAACGGCGAGGAACUAGGUGACCCCCACUGCCACUUCACACCCUCCAAACCAGGUCACCUACUGGAGGCCACCGGGCAUCCGGGUAUUUAA